AUACCAUUUUGCUACUUGGGGAGUGUUAAUUGGUUUUCGUAGAGCAGUCUCACUCUCACUCUCAAUCCAGUGACUAACCAUGGCGGCUUCUCUGCAACUAAACUUCAAACCCUUUAAACCCCAAUUACUCAACCCUAAUUCUCCAUCGAAACCCUCUCCCAAAUUCUCCACCAUUCGCUGCGCCGCCGCAACGCCGUCGAAAAGCUACACCCUCACUCUCCUCCCCGGCGAUGGAAUCGGCCCCGAAGUCAUCUCCGUUGCUAAGAACGCCCUACAGCAAGUCGGUUCCAUCGAAGGGAUUGAAUUUGAGUUCAAGGAAAUGCCGAUGGGCGGCGCCGCCUUGGAUUUGACCGGAGUGCCCUUGCCGGAAGAAACCCUUUCCGCCGCUAAGGAUUCACAUGCCGUUCUCCUUGGAGCUAUUGGAGGGUAUAAAUGGGAUAACAAUGAGAAACAUUUGAAGCCCGAAACGGGACUGCUUCAGCUUCGGGCCGGUCUUAAGGUGUUUGCGAACUUGAGACCCGCUACCGUUUUACCCCAGUUAGUGGACGCUUCAACUUUGAAGAAAGAAGUAGCCGAGGGUGUCGACUUGAUGGUGGUUAGGGAACUCACCGGAGGUUAGCAUUGCACUCCAUUUAAAAAAAAUGACGGNUUUGGCACAAUGAAAUGGUGAAGAAUCGGAUUCAACACUGAAGUUUAUGCAGCUCAUGAGAUCGAUCGCAUUGCUAGGGUUGCAUUUGAAACGGCUCGAAAACGCCGUGGAAAGCUUUGCUCAGUCGACAAAGCUAAUGUCUUGGAGGCUUCGAUGCUAUGGAGGAAAAUAGUUACAAGUAUAGCCUCGGAAUACCCUGACGUUGAACUUUCACACAUGUACGUCGAUAAUGCCGCCAUGCAACUUGUUCGAAACCCAAAGCAGUUUGAUACGAUUGUUACGAAUAAUAUAUUCGGUGAUAUUCUAUCCGAUGAAGCGUCGAUGAUUACCGGAAGUAUAGGGAUGCUUCCAUCUGCAAGUCUUGGUGAAUCGGGACCUGGAUUAUUCGAACCAAUACAUGGUUCUGCUCCUGAUAUUGCUGGACAGGACAAAGCAAAUCCAUUGGCGACGGUGCUUAGUGCAGCAAUGCUUUUGAAGUAUGGGCUGGGAGAGGAGAAGGCGGCCCGAAGAAUUGAGGCUGCAGUGUUGGAUACUCUCGACAGAGGUUAUCGAACCGGUGAUAUUUAUUCGUCUGGACUUAAACUAGUGGGGUGCAAGGAGAUGGGCGAAGAGGUGUUGAAGUCGAUUAAUUGCAAAGUCUUCGCCUCUGCGUGACCACAAAAAUCGCCAAUCUCAAGAACUCGAGUACCGUAAGAGAAUGAGUGAUAGUACAAAGGGAAAUCACUUGUUCCUCUUUUUUUUUUCAUCUUUUUUUUUUUAGGCGGAUCAUCAUGACUAGAACACCCUCGUUUACAAUGUCGACUUCUAUUUAUAUUAUAUCGAAACCGGACAUGUUUUUGCUUAUUGAUUCUUGACUCGUCA